AUAGUAAAGUUAUUCUGAUAUUUUAAGCUUGAUGAUAUGUCAUAAUCAACCACUAGAGAACAUGUAGUAAACGCAAUUAUCUUUUCAUAAUCACUACACCCACUGUACGUGUGAGUGUGUGUUUUACAUUUCCUCCUUUCCUUGUCUGAAAAAUAAGUGCCGUGUAAGAAUUUGCUAAAACCACAAGAAUCUUUCUUUAUAAAACUACUAACUUAGAAUAAUCCAAUUAUCCAAAUUAAAAGAAUGAGGAAUAAAGGGUUGUUCUUCUUGAUAAUCAAUCUCCCACCUCAUAUAAUAAUAGAGAUUCUUGCAAGACUCCCUCCUAAGAAAAUCAUCCAAUGUAAAUCCGUGUGCAAGAAGUGGCUCGAAUUGAUAAACGAACCCUACUUCGCUUCGUUCCAUUUCACCUUGUCAAUCCCGAGCCUAGUUGUCCACCAAACCGAGACUUUCAAGAAUUUCUUCAAAAUCGUUCAUUUCGAUGACAAAUAUGAUCACCAUAGUCUCCCUCGUGAUACUAUGUUGAAAUUCAAUCUCAAGAAUCUAAGUAUUUUUUCCGAUUCGAAUAUCGUCGUAGAUGGAUCCGUACACGGGUUUCUUCUCGUUCGUGACGUCAAUUACAAGCACGAAACCUUGUAUGUAUGCAACCCUCUCACACGCGAGUAUUUCCAACUCCCUAGUCCAAAAGGGCUCGUUCGAUAUCCAAGCGUUGUCACGCAUGGAUUCGGUGUAUCAUUAAUAAGUCAAGAGUACAAGGUUGUGAGAAUAUUCCACGAGCGUGAGCUUCAUCCAAGAAACCGUUCUUGCGUAAGAGUCCCUUAUUCCGAAACCCAAGUUUACACUCUCGGAAAAACUGGGUGGAGGACUAUCGGUGGGGCCCCCUUCGCGUACGAUAGCCGUUCGAUCGGAUUAUUUUUCGAGGGACGUCUUCAUUGGUUAAUACAAGAUUUGGAGGCGGCCCACGAUUUGAUCUCGAGUUUCGAUCUUGAAAACGAGGAGUUCCGUCCGAUCCCUCCUCCUUUUAGACCUAGGAGGAAGCUUCUAGGGAGCUUGGGAGUUUUGAAGGGUUGUUUGUGUUUGUGUGAUAACACUUCAAAUUUUGAGAUUGAGAUUUGGGUGAUGAAGGAAUAUGGAGUGGAGGAAUCUUGGGGUAGGGAAUAUUCCAUCAAGAAGAUUCCAGAACUUUCUGGCCCAUCAUAUCAAAUAGUUCAUGCUCUCAAAGUUUUCAAAGAUGGUAAUAUUUUGAUUGUGUGGGGGAAUUUCUUUUUGCUUUAUUGCUGCAUUAAAAGUGAAGUUACUAAAGAAGUUGAUAUGGAUCAGCCAAUAGAACCAAGUAGCAUUGAAGCCAUUCAUUAUGUGCCUAAUUUUCAAUCUCUUACAAGGUUUUCUAUAGAGAAAGUUAGUAAGUUUUGAUUAUUAAUUCAUUACUAGUGAUUUUUGUACAUAUUUUAUCGUUAGUCGAGUCCAGUCCGAGUGAUUUUUGUACAUAUUUUAUCAUUAGUCAAGUCCGAUCCGAGUGAUUUUUGUACAUAUUUUUUCAUUAGUUAAGUCUAGUCCGAGUGAUUUUUGUACAUAUUUUAUCAUUGGUCGAGUGCGGUCCGAGUGAUUUUUGUACAUAUUUUAUCAUGUUUACGUAUUUUACGUGUAAUGAACAAGAUUUAUGUGUGUAA